UGGGGACAGUGAAGCUAAGUAGGGCCGAGGUCCCGCCAUGUGAGUGCCGCGGGCCGAGCCGAGCAGAGCCGGGCAGGGGUGGGGAGCGCUCGGGGCGCAGGAUCCCGGCAAUGGCGGCCACGGAGCAGGAGCAGGGCGAACUCCUCUCCCUGCUGGGCCACCCUGGUGACAGCACAGAAAUGUUUUCUAGUGGGUGUGAAGAAGUACGACCACUGGACAGGAAAUUGGUGUCUUCCCUCAGCCAGAAGACCUCCUCCUUGGAGCGGGUGGGAGAGGAGGAAGAGGAGGAAGAGGAAGAAGACGAUGACCUGGACCUCUUUGGGGGUUACGACAGCUUCCGGGGCUACAACAGCAGCAUGGGCAGUGACAGCAGCUCCUACUUCGAUGAUUCUAGCAAUGAUGACAUGGCCACCCGGGAAGCUGGGGAGCUGUCCACCUCCCCUCUGCCACUGCACACACCCACCACCCCAGGCCGGAUGAUGGAGGACAGUGGCUCUGAACCAGCUGUGUGUGAGAUGUGCGGGAUCGUGGGCACACGAGAAGCUUUCUUCUCCAAGACCAAACGCUUCUGCAGUGUCUCCUGCUCCAGGAGCUACUCCUCCAACUCAAAGAAAGCCAGCAUCCUGGCAAGGUUGCAGGGCAAGCCACCUACAAAGAAGGCUAAGGUCCUGCACAAGGCAGCAUGGUCUGCCAAGAUUGGGGCCUUCCUCCAUUCCCAAGGGACGGGGCAGCUGGCAGAUGGAACACUGACGGGCCAGGACGCUCUUGUGCUCGGCUUUGACUGGGGAAAGUACCUGCAGGACCAUGGAUACAAGGCUGCCCCUGUCAGCUGCUUCAAACACGUGCCUCUGUUUGAUCAGUGGGAUGAUGUGGUGAAAGGGAUGAAGGUGGAAGUGCUGAACAGUGAUGCUGUGCUCCCCAGCCGGGUGUACUGGAUUGCUUCAGUCAUCCAGACUGCAGGGUACAGAGCACUGCUGCGCUACGAAGGCUUUGAGGCUGACUCUGGCUACGACUUCUGGUGCAACUUGGGCACAGUGGACAUCCACCCCAUCGGCUGGUGUGCUAUCAACAGCAAAAUCUUGGUACCCCCUCAGACUAUCCACGCCAAGUACACGGAUUGGAGAGGGUACCUCAUGAAGAGGCUGGUGGGAGCAAGGACCAUCCCCGUGGAUUUCCAUAUCAAGAUGGCGGAGAACAUGAAGUACCCAUUCCGGCAGGGCAUGCGGGUGGAAGUGGUGGACAAGGACCAUGUGUCUCGGGCCCGCAUGGCGGUUGUGGACACGGUCAUUGGCGGCCGGCUGAGGCUCCUCUAUGAGGAUGGCGAUAGCGAUGAUGACUUCUGGUGCCACAUGUGGAGCCCCCUGAUCCACCCAGUGGGUUGGGCACGAAGAGUGGGCCACAACAUCAAGAAGACAGAAGAAAAGCGCAGUGACAUGGCAAACCACCCCACCUUCCGGAAGAUAUACUGCGAUGCCGUCCCCUAUCUCUUCAAGAAGGUGCGAGCUGUCUAUGCUGAAGGUGGCUGGUUUGAGGAGGGCAUGAAAUUGGAGGCCAUUGAUCCCUUGAACCUGGGCAACAUCUGCGUGGCUACUGUGUGCAAGGUCCUCUUGGAUGGGUAUCUCAUGAUCAGCAUUGAUGGGGCUACCUCCACAGAUGGCUCGGACUGGUUCUGUUACCACGCUUCCUCACAUGCCAUCUUCCCUGCCAACUUCUGUCAGAAGAACAAUGUUGACCUGACCCCACCAAAAGGGUACGAUGCAAAGACCUUCAACUGGCAAAGUUAUCUGGAAAAGACCAGGUCCAGAGCAGUGCCAGCACGGCUCUUCAACACGGACUGUCCAAACCAUGGCUUCAAAGCAGGCAUGAAGCUAGAAGCGGUGGACUUAAUGGAGCCACGACUCAUCUGCGUGGCUACAGUCAAGCGUGUAGUCCAUCGCCUCCUCAGCAUCCACUUUGAUGGCUGGGACAAUGAGUAUGACCAGUGGGUGGACUGCGAGUCACCAGAUAUCUAUCCUGUGGGCUGGUGUGAGCUGACAGGCUACCAGCUCCAGCCUCCUGUGGCUGCAGAGCCCACAACCCCUGUGAAAACCAAGGAGGUGCCAAAGAAGAGAAAAAAACCCUAUGGGAAGAAGAGAAAAAAGAUGGCUGCCAAAACCCGCUCGCUCAAGCAGACAACCAAGAAACCUGUCGGCCCAAAGGCAAAGCGCGAAGCAAAAGCUGCAAACAAGACCUCCCUGGAGCCAGCACCCGAUGAGAUUAUUGCCGUGCAAGUGAAAGAAGAAACAGUCGAGCCCUCAGUGAUGGAGUUAGACUCCUCAGAGCUUCCCAUUCCGAUAAGCAGCAUCAAGGAAGAGGUUAUGGAUUAACCCACGAUCCUUCAGGUGGGGUCUCCUUGCCCUGAGCAUCAGCCUGCCCUCUACACUGUGACUCCCUAAGGAAGCUCCCCCACAUAGCUGAGCAGGAGACGAGAAGAGACAGUGCAUUCCUGGCCUUGCAGAAGAAGAAUCGUUGACACAGGCCAGCUCCAUCUUCACCUUUGUCUUUUUUAAACCCUGGUAAUGGGUUCCAGGAAAAAAGUGCUGGACUUGGAAAGGAACAUGGCUGCUCUUGCUGCUAUUGCUGCUGCUGCUGCACAUCUGUGGAUCGGAGGGUAAAUUUCUGAGCCAGGGAACUCCUCUUAGCUCCCCACCAUUAUUUGUUUCGAGCCCAUUUAGGGAGGGAAAGGGGCCUCUGCUGCACUGGGGACUGACUUAGUCUUUCAGUCUUGUGUCUAUGGAGCUUGUGACCCAAAAUCCAAGAAGUGCUGGGACUACAGAACUUCAACCACUAUGUGCAGCUUCAGGGGGAACAAGUCAGUCAGGAAGAUGGCUGCUGUCACUCUGUGAGCAUGCCCUAUGUGCUCUUGUGUGUGUCCCUCUUUGUAAUGUGGGCACAGAAUCCAAGAGGGCGUCAGAGAGCACAAGGGGAAGGGGGAGAAUUCAGCAAAUAGAAACCAAGUUGCAAGAGGAAAAAUCCCUUCUGAUGCCACUCAGAAAUUAAUCUGCUUCCUGCCAUGACAAGAGUUACACAGUUCCCAGGUCCAGAAAAAGAGAGCAGAUGAUUUACUUUUGCCUUUGUUCCCCCUCCUCUAAGGCGCACAAUCCUAGUGUAUCACUGCUAUUUUUUUAACAAUCCUCAUGUAAAUUUUACCAGUGAAAUGUACUGGAAUGGUCUGUAAAUAAAGACUGAGUGGAAGGUG